AUGGCCGAGGGCUGGGCCGAGUGCCCUGCUGGGCCCGGGUGGCAGCGCCGCGAAGCCUUUCGGAAAUCGGGGGCCACCAGCGGCCGCAGCGACACCUACUACAGGAGCCCCACAGGGCAGAAGUUCCGCAGUAAGAUCGAGCUGAGGAGGUUCCUGGGCCCCGGCCACGACCUGAGCAACUUCGACUUCAAAUCGGGGCUGCAGCGCUCCGGGACCCCCCGGACCAGAAAAGGCCCCAAAUGGCGCCUUCCCGUGGGGCCCCCCCUGGACCCCCCAGAGACCCCCCGGGAGGAGGGGGAGGAGGGGGGUGGGGCUGAGGCCAAGGAGGCCCCACCCCUGCAGGCACAGGCCCCGCCCCCUCCCGCAGUGGCCACGCCUCCUCCUGUCGAGCCCACGCCCCUGAUUGCUGUGGCCCUGCCCCCACCCGCCGAGGCCCCGCCCCACCCGGAGCCCCUCGUGCGCAGGACCUGCAAACGACCCCCGGAACCCCAGGAUGGGAGUGUGGCUCUCUGUGCCAGCUGCCAGAGCCUCUUCCCGGGGGUGUCUCUUCCUCCCCAGCGCCGCUGCCGCUGGCUCUGCCCCGACUGCCGCGCCCAGAGACGAGACUUCAACCGGGAGCAGCGGUUCUACAAGCGGGUGGGCUGUGGCUUGUGCCAGGCCUGUCGCAUCCCCGAGGACUGUGGCAUCUGCAGCGCCUGCUCCCGCAGCCCCCCCGGGGGCCCCCCCGGCCCUGCCUGGCCCAACAAGUGCCUCCUGCGCCGCUGCCUGCGCAUUGUCAAGAAGGGCCUGGGCUGUGGCUCAUGUCCCGGCUGUCUCUGCACCGAGGACUGUGGCAGCUGCUGCAUCUGCCUGAGGCGGCUCCAGCCCGGCCUCAAGCGCCAGUGGCGCUGUCUGAGGCGGCGCUGCCUCCGCCCCAAGAAAUCAAAGGCAGCCAAGAAGACCCAGAGCCCCCAGGCCCUGACAGAGGUGAGUGUGGGACCCCCGUGUGGAAGCCCCUGUGGAGCGAGAGCCCAGCGACACCCCGGCACCAAACACAGGAAGCCGCUGACCAAGGGCAAGGAGAAGAAGAAGCCCGGCCGACCCCCGAAGCCCUCCGGGCCCCGGCCCCGGGGGUGCCCUGGGGGGUUCCAGGGGUCCCGGGUGACCCCUGUCUCUCCCCAGCGGGGGGUGAGGAGCAGGGCCAGCCGGCGCUGUGGGGUGUGUGCGGCCUGUCGGCGCCCGGCCGACUGCGGCCGCUGCGACUUCUGCCGGGACAAGCCCAAGUUCGGGGGGCAGAACCUCAAGCGCCAGAAGUGCCGCUGGAGGCAGUGCCUGCGCUGUGCCAUGGACAAGGAGGAGCCUCUGGGGGGGCCUGAACAGGGCCCUGGACCCCUCCCAGGGCCCCCCCUGCGCCUCUGUCCCAUCAAGGAGGAGGUGGGGCCCCUCCCCCGCCUCGAGGUGAGAUCCCCCGGCCGCCUGGGACCCCCCCUGGAGAUGUUGGGGCCCCCACUGACCCCCGCCCCCAGGACCCCGGCUGGGCUCCUCAUCGCCUGCCCCCGGCUCAAAGGGCCCCCAGAGCCCAGCGUGGCCCCCACCGGUGAGUGGAACCCCUCCCCCCAGGAGAUCUGGGGUCCUGAUCGCCGCCACCCCCGCGUGAAGCAGGAGCAGCCCCAGCCCAGCGCGUCCCUGGUGCCGGUAAGGGGGUGCCCCUGGCCCCCGGCCCCGCUGGUGGUACUGAGUGAGAGUGAGGAGGAGGAGGAAGAGGAGGAGGAGGGAGGAAGCCAAGUGCCGCUGCCGCUGCCUCAGGCACAGCCGCCGCCCUGGCCGGGCUCGUUCCUGGAGGAGCUGCUGGAGAUCCCCCUCCCCGCUCACUGGGGGUGGUGGGGCGGGCCGGGCGGGCGGGGGCUGCGGCUGGUGCAGCGCUGUCCCCGCUCUCCCAUGGCCGAGGCCGCCGUGCUGCUCAACCCCGGGCUGGCCUUCCGCGUGCUGGUGGCCCGGGGGCGGCCGGUGCCCCCCGGGCACGAGGUGCUGGCCCGGAGACCCCCCCUGCGCUCCGUCCUCGACCUCGUGGAGCUGCUCUGCGACCUCGAGGCCUACGGGCCCUGCCCCGGCCCCCCCGGCGGCCCCCCCGGGCCCCGCUGCCACGUCCUGGUGAGGGGGGGUCGCUGCUGCCGGCCCUGCCUGGCCACGGGGGACACUGAGAGGGAGGAGGGGGUGUUGGGACCCCCGCCCACGCGCGUCUUCCGCCUGCUGUGA